AUGGAGCUGCACAAGCAUGCAAACCUGGCUGUUGUGCAACACGGGGAUUCGGUGAACCCAAGAUUUGUUGAGGGGUUGCCAGCUGCUGUCAAGGAAACACUACAGAAGGCAAUGUACACCAGGUUUCCUCCGAGAUCGACGAUAGAUAUCUGUCAUAGCGAGCCCGGGGCCUGGAGCGUCCCUACCCCGAUGUACCCGACGUCGACAUGCCCGUCAGAAGACAGGUUGUAUGCCGUCGGGAGAACAAUGUUUGAGACGGACAGGCUGCCAGAUGGAUGGUUGAGAAGACUGAAGGCAAUGGAUGAGAUUUGGGUCCCGUCCAAGUUUCAUGAAAAAAUUUUCGAGGACGCUGGACUUGCCAGAGAGAGCAUACAUGUUAUCCCUGAGGCUGUCGACACUGAGCUGUUCGACCCAACAAAAUCUUCACCUCACAAACUUCUGUCAGCAGACAAGAGAUUCAAGUUUCUCUCUGUUUUUAAGCUGACUUCUCCUGAAAAGUGGGAAGCCCGAAAGGGCUGGGAUAUCUUGCUAGAGGCAUUUCUUUCACAGUUUCCAGCCAAAGAGAACAGAGAUAUCAGCAACAUCAUCGUCUUGGACGAAGACAUACCGCUGAAGCAAAUGACCCAACUUUACGCUGUGGGGGAGGCCGCACAUAGAGGCCAUGGCCAUGUCGUUGCAACAAACUGGAGCGGAAACACUGAGUUCAUGAAGGACUACAACAGCUUUCUCAUCCCCAUUGAGGGCCUCGAGCCGGUUCGGGAGGGAGCGUUUACCGGACACCUGUGGGCGAGACCGUCAGUGAAAGGCCUCAUGGACAUUCUUAAGAAAAUCUUUGAGAACCCAAAUGAAGCGAAAAGAAUCGCAAAGGUUGGGAUGGAGGAAGUGCGAAAAUUUUACAAUCCCGAUGCCGUUGCAAAUGUUGUUAUGCAUAGACUGCGAGCUAUUGAGCAGAUUCUGGCUCAGAGGUCUGUCAGGGGAGAGUUAUGA